ACUGAUUCGAGGCCCCUUCCCGCUACAGGCAAAAGGAAACUGCCGCUUCCGGGUAGUUUGGUUUUUCCAGAAGUGUCGAGACUGAAGGAAAGGGGCGAGAAUGAGGGCAGCUGUUUGGGGUCUGCGCUCCUCCAGUGCUGGGGAGGCUGCGUGGGAGUCGCUGGCUAGUGGCUGAGGAGCCCCCCCCUUCUCUUCGCCCAGCUUUUGCAGACGCGGCCCGGUCAUGGUGGCCCCCCGCGAGCGCUUUGGACUCUUGGUCUUGUUUCUUUGGGUUUGGAGAUCUGCUGAAACAGAAGUGAUUGGCAUAAUAGGAAGCAGUGUUGAAUUGCAAUGCUGUUAUCCAGAAGAAGAAUCAUUAAACUACAAUAGGAAUCGAAUAUCAUGGCAAAUAAAAGACAGGUUUUCAUGCUUUGUAGCUGGCUAUUUUCCUAAUGAAAAUAUGGAAAAGUACCAGUGUGAAGAAUUCAAACGACGGACUCUGUUAAAUGAGCCAAAACAAGGCAGUGCUUCUUUGCAGCUGUUAAACAUCAGGAUAGCAGAUGAAUUUAUCUAUCAUUGCAUAAUACAGAAAAAUAUAAAUGGACAGUUUAAACUCAUUCAUAAUGAAUCCAUAUCGCUCAAAGUGGCAGCCAGUUACAGCAAACCAGUAAUAACAGGUCCUGUGCAGCUCGGAGAAGAAAUUAUGUUUACGUGCAAUUCAAGCCAUGGCUAUCCAGAACAAAGGCUUUAUUGGGUAAAUGAAAUGGACAACAGCACCAUGAACGUAACGGUGCAAUUCACCAAAGAGCUUGAUGGGUCUUUCAGUGUAUUUAGUACAUUGAAGAUGAAAGUGGCUUCUGAUAUAAAGUUAGGAUGUAUAAUUGAGCAUAAGCAACUGCAUCAAAAUAUUACUACUACAAUUGAUUUAAAGAAGUCAACAAACAGCCCUAUAAUUUAUAACGAACAUCAUGAAAGAGCUGCAGCCUUCAGCAUUCCUGUUGCUGUUUUCAUAAUUAUAAUUUUUAUUGCAUGCAUAAGCUGGAAAAUAUAUAAACGUUCUCUUCAAACAACUUAUACUGCUCCCGUGGAAGUGGUAAAUUUCCAGGGGCCAUAGGUUCCUUGGGAAGAAAUCAGAUGACACUGCAGCCCAACCUUGACGAAUUCCCUCAAAUAUUGGACAUAGUGUGCUUUAUGAAACUGAAAACUGAACGUUCCCUGCAAGUAACAAAGUUCUAAUGAAAUUCAGCUGAAAAUCAACUGAAGCCAACCUUCAGCUCGUCUGCAAUGGGUUGGAGAUAAAGGCAACCUCCUGAAUACGGUUUUUGACAUGUAAGGUUUUUGGAUCUCUGCGUUUUGUGACGUUUGUAAUCCUUUACUGUUCUGACUCAACAGAGGGCAAUUUCAAUCUUGGCAGCAUAAGGUUCAAACUUUGAUAGCUUUCUUAUGGUCAUCAAAUGCCGCUCCUAAUUAGAAAGUCUAAAGACCAUAUUGGAGAUUUCAGGGGCUUACAAGCGCUGCAAACAUUUUACAAGUUGGAUUUGUAAAUUAUGAAUGUCUACACUGUUA